GCGCGCUAUGUUGGCUGUGUAGAAGGUUACUGCCUGGGGUAUUCCUGCAAUUGUUCAGCGAUUUCAACUUUCAGAAUGUAUGAAAGCUUGUAUUCCAGUGUUUUCUGCAACGAUGACGACAAUGGUCAAGCAAGUGCAACGAGCAUCCCAAGUGUCGAAUCACCUGAAUUAACCUCUGUUACUGCUCUCCAAAACACGGCCCCUGAAACGUGCGUGUCGGCGACUGCAAGAAACACUCGCGUCGGCUACGUCCACAGUCCAGCUCAUCUAUUUGAGUGCGAAAGGUUACCGCGCGUUCGUCGACGCUGUCUUCUCGUACACGGACUUCUCAAGUGCUACAAUCUGCUCAAGUCCUUGCGCGCUAUUCAUCCGCUGGUGGCCAGUCGCGAUGAUCUUUGCCUGUUUCAUUCUGCAGACUACGUCGACUUUCUAGAGUAUUGCGAAGCGGCAAAAGACCUUGACACUGACGAUAUUUUAAGUCGUGCCCAUGAAUACAGCCUUGUCGAUGACUGUGCCCCGACACAACGACUCCUAACUCUAGUGAAGCACAUCGCAGGUGGCACCUUAGCAGCUGCUAGAGCCAUCUCUGAAAAAACUUGCGAUGUUGCUAUACAUUGGGAGGGUGGUUGGCACCACGCACAUAGAAGCGAAGCAGCUGGCUUCUGCUACGUUAAUGACGUCGUCCUUGGGAUAUUGGAACUGCGUCGUAAGUUCGAACGAGUUUUGUACAUCGAUCUAGACGUUCAUCACGGUGACGGAGUUGAGGAGGCUUUCGCAGGCACUGACAAAGUCAUGACUGUGUCGGUUCAUCAGUACGAGCCUGGUUUCUACCCUGGUACAGGUGCAGUUAAUGACAUUGGGUUUGGCUUGGGUCGUGGUUACUCGAUAAACUUGCCGCUUCGGAGGGGUGCUAGCGAUUCUACUUUUGUGCGUGUGGUAACAACUGUGAUCGACGAGGUCAGAGAGCGGUACAAGCCUGACGCUGUUGUUUGCCAGUGUGGAGCGGACGGAUUGUCCGGUGAUCCGCUCGGGGCUUGGAAUCUGACCCCGGACGCAUUCGUGCAGUGCGUUCGUCUAGUGCAAAGCUGGGGGCUGCCGCUGCUGCUUCUCGGUGGAGGCGGCUACGCGGCUGCCAACGCUGCACGCUGCUGGACCGUAGUUACCGCGGCGCUAUUGGGCCGGAAGCUGGAGGAAGACAUUCCUGAACACUGCUUCCUUAUGAAGUACGGUCCUGGCUACGAGCUUAGCCUAGAGCCCGGCUUUCGUCGUGACCUGAAUGAUGCCGCGUACAUCGACAGCCUGCUGCAAGUUGUGAUGAGACAAGUAGACCUAAUUGGAGCAGCCUAACAGUUUUGUUUAUGUUGAUCAAAGAGACUCCUCUUUGCUGCUGCAAGCCGUUACCAUAGAACGAUGUAUCUCGGUAGAUCAAUCGUUGUGUUAUUUCAGACUUAAUUCCGUUGCGUCUUUUUCUCAUUUAUUAGCUACCCACAAGGCGCGGUGGAGAUGGAUGCUGGUUUUAGAAGAAAUACAAUUAUUACUUCAGUAAA